AUGCCUAGCUCAGUCACACAGUGCUUUCUCUUCUCUUGGGUGGUCCUCUUCUUCAGCCUCUGUCAGGGGGAGGGCCGGCCCCGCCUCCCCCAAGAAGGUACACCCCGCCUAGGGCAGGAGGAGAACCAGAGGGCCUUGGUCUUGGAGGCAGUGAAGACAGAGAUCCUGAGCUCCAUGGGGAUGGAAAGGGAGGCCAGGCCCAGGGAAAUGGCUUCAGAAGAGGAGAUGAUAAGGAUGCAUAGGCUCUACAGGGAAACACUGAGGCAGCUGAGAAGGAGCUCCAGUCAGGAGGGGGAAACCCAGCGUUCCCCAAUGAGGGCAUCCACUGUGCUUCAUCCAGCCACAGUGGAGCCUCUCAAAGUGCUUUGGGGUGAUGAGGAACAUCCAUCAGAUGUGCUUUGGUACAGAGCUGUAUUCCACAAGAACCCACACAUCAGGAAGGAGCUCACUUUGGCCCGGGCUGAGCUGAAGCUCUACAGACAGCGGUUGGAUGGCUCUAAAGCUGCCGAGCCCACAAUUAGGGAUGAGGUUCAUGUGAAGAUCUAUGAGACGAAACCGCUGAACUCUUCUCUAUUGAUUCACACAGAGACCCUUGUUCAGACGCUCGCUACAAGAACUGGAGAUUUGACUUUGGACAUCAGAWCUGUGGUUGGUAAGUGGAGUGGGAGGUCGGACGACCACUCUCUGGUUGUGGAAGUAGAACUGGCCUUAGAAGAGGGAACUGAUCCCAAGAGGACCCCUCAGAUGGUCCUGGAGGUAGACCUUGUAGAACCUAGAUCAGCAGGCAGAAGAAGACGGACUCGCUCCAACAAAGAGGACAACUGUGACGAAGAYGGUCGCUGCUGCCGGAAAUCCAUCAAUGUGUCCUUCAAGGAGAUUGGCUGGUCAGACUGGGUCGUGGCCCCCACUGGUUACAACAUGCAUUUCUGCGACGGCUCCUGUCCACACAACUACAAGCCAGCCAGCAUGCACGCGCAGGCAAAGUCUCGUCUUCACCACAUCAACAAGGGAGCAACACCUCACCCCUGUUGCGUGCCGGCAGCCUAUGAACCUAUGGUCCUCAUGCACUAUGACAGUUGGGGAAAGUUGAAGCUCACACCCUUCAAUGACUUGAUUGUCAGCAAAUGCCACUGUGCUUGAGUCCUUCGGGGUAAGCUCAGGCAAGGACARAAAAAAGAGUCAGAACAAACCUUAUCUUUUAGUGCUACAUACUGAAAUAGAAUGGAUAAUGUUUUCAAAGGACUUAAGAAAAUAACAUUUGUCAUGCUCAAUUAGUGACAUUACUAAUGUUCUUUUCAACAGCUAAGCAAACAAAAAUACCCAACAUUAUCCAUCACCUAUGGAUUUUGAGAGAAGUUACUGUGGAGCGAUGACUGAAAUUUACUAUUUUAUUURGAAGAUAAACUUUGUUAGUCUCAUGUGACCCAUAAUAUUAUAUUUUUCCAAGACUAUGUACAAAAUUAUAUUAUUUAUUGUAAUUUAUUUAACAGGGUG